GCGGACGCACGCGCAGCUGAUCUCCACCAAUCAGCUCCGCUCGUACGAUGUUCUCGCGUGUUCUGGUGCCUGUGCCUUGUUUUCAUCGUCUCCGGCAGCUCGACGUCUCGCUCGGUGGGCGACAGUGAGGGGGGAGAGGGGGGAGGCGCUGAGCUGCGGACUCCAUCCGUCGGGUUCCGCUUCGAUCGCCCUCAAAUCAUGUUCCUGUUGACGAUGCUCGACGCGGCGGCGGCGGCGGGGAGCGGCUGCGCCGGAGGUCGGCGGUGCCACGCAUCGGGCUGGUUUGACGCCUUCACGCAGCUGCCCAGCGGCAGCCUCUUCCUCGUCUGAUCUGACGGCGUCACGUGCGGCUGAAAAGCACUUGGCUUGUGGUGAAAUGUCUCCGCGGGGAUGCCGCAGCUCGCAGACUCUGGAUCUCGGGAGAACAGCGUGUCCGGAUCGGAGGACUAUUUUAUAACGCUCGCAAAUCAUAUUUUUAAAUUGGGGGAACUUAACAUCAAUUUCAAGGCUCGGCCAUGGGUGAUGAGAGCCUGAGGCGGCAGGUGGAGGGUGUGGAGAGGAGCGUGGUGUUCCUCAGGCAGGAGCACCUCACCUUGCUCCACGGUCUCCACCUGGAAAUCCUGUCCCUGCAGAAGCGAUGCUCAGAGUUGACGAGUGAGCUGAAGGUGAAGCCUCCAGGCAGAAGUCAAAUAGAGUUACAGGAAGAAGAGAAGCUUCUGGAGGCCCAUUGUCAGGACAUGGAAACCCAUUUGGCGGCGCAGGAGUGCACUUUAGCAGAGCUUCGCAAGGAGCUGAGCCAUAAAGGUCCUUUGGUGGGAGCUCUCAGAGCCACCCUCAAGGAAAAGGAGCGCCACUUCCUGGAGGAGCUCAAGCGCCGCAGCCACUGCUCCACCAUCCUCAACACGGAGCUGCAGAAGCAGACGGAGGCGGCGGCGUACCUCUCCUUCCAGCUGCACGCCGCCAAGCAGAAGCUCCACCAGCAGCGGCUGCAGCACAGGCAGGGGCUCCCGGGCCGCGCCGGCGCCCAGGGGGCCCCGUGCGGCGCCGGGCCGGGCCCCGACGGCGCCUGCGCCGCCUCUCCCGCGGUCAAACCCAAGCGGAGGAGCGCCCGCGCGUCCCUGCGGGUGGAGCGCGCCAGGGAGUGCGUGCCCGUGGAGAGGGUGACGGGCCCCGCGGAGCCCACGGCCAUGCCGGACCCCGCGCUCUUCCUCCACCCGCGGCGGCACCGGGCCCAGGCCCGGCACCCCGUGACGCAGAGACAGCCUCCGCCGGGCCUGGACAGGGGGGAGGUGGAGGGGGGAGGAGGGGAGGGGCCGGUGAAGACGCGCGAGGAAGCUGCCAGACUGUUGUCCUCGGCUGCUGCAGCGCCCCCUGCUGCCGAGACGAAGGCAGAUUAGCGAAUGCUGUGAGCUUCAGACUAUUAUCGCCUGUCGGACUGUUAACGCUGUUAGCUGUUGUUCUGCACCUUGACUGAAAUAAUACCGAGACUGGUUUUAGCUAGUGAAUUAUCUUACACUUAACAUAGACACUUUUAUAAUAUGUACUUUGAUAUAACCUUAAAUAACUUGCAAAGCGAAGUCAGGCCUCUCUGAAACUGGUUGUUUCCACUCAUUUCACACGCUCUGUAUAAUGUGGGGCCUUAUUUGAACGCAUCAUUCCUUGGAUUUACAGUGAAGGCGGUGAGCGGUAGCAGCCGUUUAUGAUGGACUGUUCACCCACCUGUGUGGCCCAGGUGAUUUCAGGGGGAACUAUGAAUCCAAAAACACGUGUCCAGCCUCUGUGUGAGUGCUAACCAGGGUGAAAGGAAUUUCAGCUCUUAUAAUCAACCCUACCACUCUUUCAAUAUGUUUUUGGGUCAAUAGAGGGAAAUCAAUCAAUCCCAGAUUCAUUAAAAACAUACUGAGAGUCUGAUUAGACUCUUGUUGGGAUCCUUUAUAAUCUCUCCUGUCCCUUUGCAAAUGUGGACAACAGCACAGUCAGUGGUUUAGGAAAGUCCUACAAAGAGUAGUUUUGCACGUUUUGACAGAUUUGGCAGUUUGGCAGACAGCCUUUCCUCUUUGCAGGACUGUAAAUCGCUCCUCCUGUAGCCUGUCAAUGAUACCUUCAUCCAUGCUCCGAACUGAAGAGUCCAACUUUAGCUUUGACAUUUUAAUCGGUGAUCAAUAGACAGCGCUCAGAAACGUUACAAAUCUUUGGCGCUGGUGUUAUAUUGGAGGAGCUGAACAACAGCUGAAAUGCUCCUGUAUCAACAAUAACUAUGCUUCAGUUACAGUAGCUUCCCCUGGUCAAACAAACAUUGAGGUUUAAUAAUAGCUUAGCUUUACAGCAAACGUAAAGGCUAUUAGUUCUAGUAUAUUCAACUAGGUCUUCAAAGACGAAAGCUACAUUUACAGUGUUUGUUAUCAGUGCCUGUCUAACUGUGCGUGAAAGAAAGGUCAGCAGACUUUCAUUUAUUGACAUAAGCAUUCAGGUGAUGAUCAGUGAGCUACUGGACCAUGUGUUUCACUCAGGUGUGAUUCCUGUACUAAAUACACACACACACACCACACAAACUACUGCUACAUAAACCCAUUUGUGUGUGUGUGUUUUUAACUUAGAACAAAAUGGACAAACUGGAACAUGACUGAGUGUCUGUUUACUAUUGGAGCAUGGUCUGAUUAAAAUAAAAGUGUUAGAUCAAAUGUACACUUCCACUGACAGGUACAUUUGUGCAACCCAGAGAAGUCCAUGAAAUCCAUCAUUAUACUUCAUUAUACAUUCUCCAUUUUUGCUGAUCUUGGACCUGUGUUCAUUCUUAUAUACUUAUAUUUGUUUGAGUCAUAUUGCAGUUACUAUCAAUUGUGUCCUUUUGUUGCAACAACACUUUCAGACUCUGUGCUUUGGUUCCAGUUUUUACUGUAGCUCCGUGAUGCGGCUCCUCAGCCUCCUUUUAUUUCAGACUCACGUGUGAGUCGGCCCGUUCUUGAACCACUGAGCAUCAGUAACUGCAAGUCUUGCCUGUAAGACUGAAUCUCCUUGUGAUUAGUUGCUGGGAGCCUUUCUUGCCUUCUACAGCUAAAGGUUAGCGGUUUAGCAUUGUGUUAAGCAGUAUAUCCUCAAUAAAGCAAUAGAUUCAUAUAUUUAUAUACUAUUGGGUCAAUUUAAAGACACUUGAGUGAUAAAAUAGAUUUAUGAUUGUUUAACUUUGUAUUUUGUAAUUGUCAAACUCAGUAGGUUUUGCUUAGUAUUUUUCUGACUUGUUAAUGGAUUGUUUAAUUUUACAAAGUUUUGCUGAUUGUCACUGAAUCUUUACAUGAGUGAUUGUUAUGUUACGUUUUGUAGGCGUCGAAUCUGUGUAGAGGAGUGGAGAACAUACUGCGUGUGAAGCAGUAUUAAGCAUGUUAUUAUGCAAGACGAGACGGUCUGGAUGAAAACGAACUGAGCCUGUGUUCUGACUGAGGGUUUCUCAGAUGAGAAGCCGUUUGCAUGGUGCGUCUACGACAGUGUGGGACUGAAUUGCGGACCUGUUUUGCUGGAAAGAUUUUUCCAGAUUCAGUUUAACAGGAACUGUGAACUAACACCCAAAUGAAGUGGCAGGUGCAUUAAACUCUCAUUGUCCCGCAUUUUAGAUGACCUGUAAUCUAAAAUCCUGGCUGCUGUUGCGUCUUUGCCACAGUACAGUACAACUCAGAGGCUGAUGACAGCUUUGAGAGGAAAACGACUAAUGAGCCAAAGAGGCCCACCACUAAAAUUUACAUGAAGCCGAAGGAUUUGAUGCCUUAAUUAGGGUGUCUUUUAAUAAGUAUUUUAUCUAAUAGAGUAAAUCAAAUCAAAUCAAAAAAUUUGAUCUUGAUGAUACCACUGGAUAUCUGACAUCACUGAGAUGUAAAAGGAAAAAUUACUUAUCCACAGAUGACGUCUUCCGCCUUUUCAAUGGCUAUAUACAGUAACAGCCCAAAUCCUUACAAUAAGACUGUCAGCUAAUGUCCGCGGUCACACUGUCCUUUUAAUGUAUCCUUUCCCAGGUCUUGUGCUUGUGUUCUAUUCUGGUUGAGGACAAAUACCUUUAUUUUGCAUCUCUGAGAAACAUGUCAGUGGACUGGACAUGUUGUUGUAAAGCAUCUUCAGUCACAUGUUAUGUGCUCUCUAGCAAUAAUGCUGAUGACACCCAGCAUGCAGAGAGGUGUCGCUCAAUGGUUUUGGGCCUCGGGUGAACAUAAGCUAUUGACUGAUUACCGCAUAUACUGUGUUUAGCUUCCUGUUGUGACCUAUUGUACAUGUACUUGGAAUAAAACAAAGGAUUGUCUAGUC